AUGCAGCUCCCUCGGCCGUCCGGCAAUCUGGGGAGGACGAAGAACAUCCUCCAUUUCGCACAAGGAUUCAUUAUCUUCCUCGCCUGGGCGCUGACGAUCGCUAUCUGGACUAAAGGCGAUGGCAUCGAUGGACGGACAGUCUGGUACUGGAUCCUGUGUUGGAUCAGUCUCCCCGCUUUGAUCUACCUCGCCGCAGUACCCAUGUGGCCCCGAGCCCGCCGCUUCGGCAACGUCUACGCCUUCGCAACGGUCGAUGUUCUUUACGCAAUCUUCUGGUUCAGCGCAUGGGUGUGUCUGGCCUCAUACGUCGCCCAGGGAAAGAGUAUUGGAAAGACCUCCAGCAGCGACAGUGAUAGCAGUUCCAGCAGUUCCUCGAGCUCGUCUAGCAAAAACCGCCGAGCCGAUAGCACCAGCUCUUCCACCAAGAGCACUACAACUAGCAGCGCAUCCGGCUGUCACAACUGGGCAUACGGUAGCGCUACUAAGUGCAGCUUGAGUGAAGCAACGACCAUCAUCGGCGUCGUUAUCUUCCUUCUAUUCGCUGCUACUGCCUGGAUGUCCUUCCGCAACGUUAUGCACUUUCGCCGCACUGGUACUCUCCCAGACGCCGUCUCAGACCCCACCUUCGCCGCCCAGUCCAAAGCCGCCUUUUCUUCCAACCCCGCUCACGAUUUCGAGGAGGACGAGGAUGACUUCCGGUCCAGCCGUGUUGGUGGCAUGGGCUCAUCACGGAGCGACCGCGACGAGGAUUACGCUCUGUUGAACCAGAGUGAAAUUGACGACCUAGGCAACCCUAACGGUCGCUCCGCGAUGCACGGAGCCUAUGACCCCACCGAGUCCUCGGUUGGAGGCAGUCAUAUGUCCGAAUAUAACAGCACACCCUAUGGCGGGGCCCACGGACAACAUUACCCGCCACCAACAGACGCAUAUACUCCGUCUGACUACGGCUCUACAGUUGGCGGGUUCCAACACCAGCGGUAA